UUGCAAAGAGUUCCAUGAUUCUGCUGCACGCGCGCCGCCUGCGGCUUUCGUGUGGCAUAAAUCCGAUCGGAACUCUAAUAAUAAUUCACAUCCUAACUGAAAACGAAUGGUUUGGACUUGUUUAAAAUCAUGUUUAAUGUCUUUGAUUCCGCAUAGAAGGUUCGUUGUUAGUUUUUGCAACGAUAUAGACAGUUUUACUAAUUAAUUAAGAUGGCAGAAGGUAGGAGUGAUGCACGAAUCAAAGGCAAUCGCUUAAAAGAAAUUACACUGAGUGGUAGAGAAGGAAAAAUUGUCAGAAAUUCCCAUGACUGGGCCGUAGUAGAUGUACCUGGUGAGGGCUGGGCAUUUUUUAAUUUACUAACAGUAAACAAAACAUCAAAAUUCCAUAUUGAGGACGUUAGCAAAUGUUUUCCUGUUGGUUCAGUUGUACGCCUCAAUGCUAGAAUGUGGCUGGAUCCUGAGGGUAGCGUUUACACAAAUGAGGAUGUUCGCAGUUGUAAAUGGAUAGUAAACUCUGUAAAAUCGAAACCUGAUCUAAUACCUCUUCCAGUUAUGUUUAAGACUGCUUUUAAUUUUGAUAACUACAAUGUUCCUCCUGUUGUCUUGUCAGAAGAAAAAGUGGGAGAAGCCAUUUUUGGAAUAAUGAAGAGGUUAAAGGUCAUUAAUGGAUUGCCUGUAACGCAGCUUGUAAACACUUUCAAAAAUGAAUCAUCUAACAUUCCUCUCGAUGUCCGAACUAUGCUGUGUGACACUGGAAAAUUAAGAACACUUGUGCAGUGCUUGCCUAGAUAUUUCCUAGUUACAGACGACAGAGUUUUUAUUUAUGCUUGCCGGGAAAAGGAGGAGGUAGACAUUGAAAUAGAAAGUUUGAUACCAGAAGGCUGGAGACCUAAUGAACCCAUUUGUGUGAAUGUCGGUCACAAUACGCACAUUAUUGAAAACCCUGCAGAUUGUGCUGCUGUCGUUGAGGAAAUUCUCAGUGGGCCAAAACCAGUAACAAUAGCAUUAGACUGUGAAGGGGAAUCUUUAGGUAAGACCGGGAAAUUAACACUUCUACAAAUGUCCACGUGGAGCGGUCAAGCAUAUUUAGUGGACGUGCUGGCCAUACUUGAACCAAAUCAAUUUUUUGUAGGAGGAGGUUUGAAAAAACUAUUAGAAAGCCCAGAUGUAAUUAAGGUGAUUCAUGACUGCCGUGCAGACAAUGCUGCCCUCUAUCAUCAGUACGAUGUCAGUCUAACAAAUGUGUUUGAUACAGCGGUGGCUUACACUGUGAUUAUGGAGCAGUGCCAUGCAAACCGAUCCAAUGGAGGCAGUCUAGAACAUCUUUGUGAACUUUUCUCAAAACCUCUUGUCACAAAAACAAAACAAAUGAAAAAGAAGAUGGCGUACGUUAAAGGCUUUUGGAGUCGGCGACCCAUGACACCCGAGAUGAUCAGAUAUGCAGCUGUUGAUGCGCUUUCUUUGGUUCCACACGUAUACGUGAAUAUGAAAAGAUUGAUUCAUACGGGUUGGCAGUCUCGGUAUGACACCCUGAUCACAGAAAAGCUCCUUAAAAGGAAAUAACAAACAUUCAACAACUUCCUCCUGUGCCAAUAAACUUGAAUCCUAAUUUCGGUGUAAAUUUUAACUGGAUAAUAAAUUUUACCACUCUAUUUAUGGAAUAAUGUAAUUUUUUCAAAAGGACAAAUUUUAAUUGCAAUUUUACAAGAGUAUGCUUGUAAUUUGAUCAUAAAUUAGUCAACCAAAGAUGUCCUUUUUCUUAGUUUGAGAGUAGCAUACCCACAUUUGUCAUUUUUCAAAUGUUUUAAAGUCACAAUCUAAAGGUGGUGUUUUUAAAAAGUAAAAAAAAGGAAUGUCUUUUUUCCCCAUAUAAUGAACUGUAUGUAUAUAUAUAAUAUAGAUUUAAAUGGUGGAAGAAAAUUUUUUGUGUAAAUUCACAUUUUAUGAAUUUAUUUGUUAGGAAUGGCUGAUAUUUAAUAUAUUGCUUAAGCCUAUACUAGAUUAAUUGCCUUUUAAUUUUCAUUCCAAGACCAUAUUGUUUUUAGAACUAUUUCUCACAUAUUCAUUCCAUAUACUAAAACCAUAGGAAUUUAAGUAUUGACUAAUAUACUAAAAUUGUUUUAUUUGCUUUUUAUAUAUGGAUUUUACUGCCAGUGUAGCAAUUUUCAGCAGUCAUUGAUUAAAAGCAUUCGCUUUCAUAGACAAA